GGAAAAGACUGCUUUGACCUUGUCGUCUCCGUAGAUCAUUUUUCUUCUGCUCUUCUUCUUCUUCCUCUUCCUCUUCUUUUGCCGAUUCUUCGAUUUAUCUAUCCGCCAUGAACGAGAAAGCCAAAGUCUAUAAGGAGCUUAAUGCCCGCCAUAGAAAGAUUCUUGAAGAGCUUCUCAAACAUCCAGAGAACAGAGAAUGUGCCGACUGCAAAACAAAAGGCCCAAGAUGGGCUAGUGUUAAUUUAGGUAUCUUUAUCUGCAUGCAAUGUUCUGAGAUUCACAGGAGUCUCGGGGUGCGAUCUACCACUCUGGAUACAUGUCUCCCCGAGCAGGUUGCAUUUAUACAGUCGAUGGGAAAUGAGAAAGCAAAUAGUUACUGGGAAGCAGAGCUACCCCCAAACUAUGAUAGAGUUGAAAUUGAGAAUUUCAUAUGUGCCAAGUAUGAAGAGAAGAGAUGGGUUUCUAGAGGGGAAAAGGCUAGAUCACCCCCUAGAAUCGAGCAGGAACGGCGGAAAUCUGUGGAGAGAAGCAGGCCUGGAUAUGAGCAUGGGCACAGUAGUAGUCCUGUAAAUAUGGUUGAGGAGAGGAAAACUAUUCCAGCAUCUAGAACAGGAAAUAAUGUUGCUGCAACAAGGAUAAGUCUUCCCGUGCCUCCACAAGGACCCGGUCAGCUUAUAAAGCCACAGCAGAAAAUGGAGUCUGCAGCCGCUCCAGUGGAGACGGAGAAACAAGCAGUAAAUGUUGCACCAGCAUCAGAUCCUCCAAAGGUGGAUUUUGCUACUGAUCUCUUCAACAUGCUAUCAAUGGAUGAUUCGACUACAAAUACCUCAGAGGCAACUCCUGCCGAUGCGGCAGCUCCUGCCGAUGAGGCAGCUCCUGCCGAUGAUACCUCAGAGGCAACUCCUGCCGAUGAGGCAACCCCUGCCCAUGAGGCAACUCCUGCCCAAUGAGGCAACUCCUGCCCAUGAUAAUAUUUUUGUCUGAUUCAUGUACCAACUGGCUUUGUAUAACAUGAAAUUUAUUUAUUCAUUUCAAAUAUAAUCUAUAAAUGUUA